AGUAUAUAUAUAUGUGAACAUAUUGUAAUAUCUGAUGUAUUAGACUUGAGAGUUCCAAAAUGAAGAGAGUUGAGAUUUUCAACCUAUUGGCAACGGCUCUAACAUUGUUGGCCAUAGUGCCAAAGACUGAGUGUGAGGGUGAAGUAAGACCUAUUGCACAAAUAAAUCCACGCCCACUUUGUCCUUCUCAGUUUGCACUAGUAAACUAUGCAUGUGGAAGGUUACCGUUUAGACCGGGGGCACCACCUGGACCUCCACCUGCACCUCCAUCGCCUGAUGAUGAUGGUGGUGACGAUGAUGGUGGCAAUGACGAGGGACACAGAAACCACCACCAUGACAAUGGGCACGGGCAUGGACACGGACAAGGACACAGUCGCAGACAUGGACACAGACAUAGGCGUCACCAGACCCAAGAGGAAGAAAAUUGUUGCCGAUGGGCUAGGGAAGUGGACAGCCAAUGUGUUUGUGAACUUCUUGUUCGUUUGCCACCAUUCCUGGUUAGGCCUUUGCAUAUCUACAAACUCACCAUUGGUGAAGACUGUGAAAUCACUUACUCCUGUGGUGGCCCAAUCUGAUUCUCAAGCUUGCAUUAGCUCUGAUGCAUAGUACUGUUACUAUUAUCACACGAGUUUUUUUACUUGUUCUAAGUUUGUCAUCUUAAUGUUACAGUAUGUCGAAAAAAGAAGUGUUUAAGGUUAUAGUUAUUGCUGUGGUUACUAAAGUAUUGUUCUUUAGCACAGGUUUAAGGUUAUAGUUUAUGUUUGUGGUUCCUAAA